AUGACGACGACCCUCGCCUCCAGCGACGGCGAUGUUCCUCCACCGUGGUCAAUUAUAGUAGCACGCGGCGACGACGAUGCUCCUCCACCGCGGUCCGCCUCCACAAUUGUAGCAGCACGAGCCAACCGUGUACUCAAGAUCGACGGGUAUUCCAGCACAUUGAAAGCCAGAACGCUCAGAUCUUUUUCCUUCAGUGCAGGAGGCCAUACCUGGCACAUCAACUAUCGUUGCACGGGAAGCAGCGACAACAGCAGCACCGACGACGACGACUACAUCUCCUUCUACCUUGCUCUCGAAGACGAGGUCGACGAGCCUGUGAUGGGGCAGGUUACGUUUAGCCUACUCGACCAGAACGGCAAGCCAGUGCCGUCGCGCACCCGUACCACCCGUCUGUUUAGCUUCUCACUUAGUGACUCCUUUGGCUUCCAAAAUUUCAUUAGAAGGAAAGAUCUAGAGCAAUCGGGAUAUCUCAAAGACGACCGCUUCGCCAUCAGUGUCCAUCUGGUUAUCACCAAGGGGUCGCCUUCCGUCAAGGUACCACCAUCAAAUUUGCACUGUCAUUACGGUGAUCUCCUCUCAAGUAAACAGGGCACCGACGUUGAGUUCAUUGUCAGCGGUGGUGAGAGAUUCACGGCACACCGGUUAGUGCUUGCGGCACGGUCACCGGUCUUCAAGGCGGAGCUCUUCGGGCUGAUGAAGGAAGGCACCACGACAGAUGCUAUACAGAUUGAUGAUAUGGACGCACAAGUGUUUGAGGCUCUACUUAUCUUUAUUUACACAGACACGUUGCCAAAGAUAGACGACGAGGAAGACGAGGCAGCAAUGGCUCAACAUCUGCUCGUCGCAUCCGAUAUGUAUGGACUGCAGAGGCUGAUGUUGAUCUGCGAAGAUAGAUUGUGCAACCAUAUCAAUGCAGACUCCGUGGCAACCAUGUUGGUUUUGGCCGAGAAGCACCACUGCGUACGUCUUAAGGAGGUGUGCUUUGAGUUCCUCAGCGCCUCAACGGCUCUAGUCGAGUUCACGGAAUCAAGUGACUUUCUGUAUUUUAUACAGAGCUGUCCUAGUGUUUUCAAGGAUCUGAUUUACAAUGUCGUCGCCGCUCAUGGAAAAUGA